UUACAAUCUGUCAAAAUUAUGUUUGACAACUGCGACUUUCAAAUGACACAUUAUUUUUUGGUAAAAUGAUAAAUAAAUAGUUAUGAAUUAUUGAAAAACACCACACGAUAGUAUUUAUUUAAAAGCCAAGUAAUCAAUAUGAAUUAUAUGUGUGAUUUGUAACUUGUGUGACUGGAUUCCAAAAUGAGGACUCGUAGUAAUUCGGGGGUGCGUUUAGAUUAUUACCAGCGGGUUGUGCACAAGUUAAUUUUAGAUCACCAACAACCUGUGACAGGAUUAUUUCCCGCAAGUCCUCAUAAUGACCACGCUUGGAUUAGAGACAACCUUUACUGUAUUCUGGCGGUGUGGGGACUAUCUAUGGCGUUUAAGAAAAUUGCUGAUCAAGAUGAAGACCGUGCCAAAACAUAUGAAUUAGAGCAAAGUUGCGUCAAGCUAAUGAGAGGUCUUCUCAUGGCUAUGAUGCAACAAAAAGACAAAGUAGAGAAAUUCAAGAGCACUCAGCAUCCCUUGGAUUCUCUCCAUGCCAAGUAUUCUUCUACCACUGGCCGCAUAGUGGUCAAGGACACAGAGUGGGGCCACCUCCAGAUUGAUGCCAUCUCCCUCUACCUUCUCAUUCUAGCACAGAUGACAGCUUCUGGUCUUCAAAUUGUGUUCUCUUUAGAUGAAGUCUCAUUCAUUCAGAAUUUAGUAUUUUACAUUGAAUCAGCAUAUUGUACUCCUGAUUAUGGAAUUUGGGAAAGAGGUGACAAGACCAAUCAUGGUCUGCCAGAAUUAAAUGCUAGCUCUAUUGGUAUGGCCAAAGCAGCUCUUGAAGCUAUGAAUGAAUUGGACCUGUUUGGUGCUCGUGGUGGACCUUCCAGUGUUAUUCAUGUGUUGGCUGAUGAAGCUCAAAAAUGUCAAGCUGUGCUACAGUCCAUGCUGCCAAGAGAAUCAAAUAGUAAAGAGUUAGAUUCAGGUCUACUAUCUAUUAUAAGUUAUCCAGCUUUUGCAGUGGAUGACCCUCAGUUGAUUGCAAUAACAAGAGACACCAUUGUUGCUAAACUCCAAGGAAAAUUUGGAUGUAAGCGAUUCCUCAGGGAUGGCCACAAAACACCAAGAGAGGAUCCCAAUAGACUGUACUAUGAGCCUUGGGAACUGAGGAUGUUUGAAAAUAUUGAGUGUGAAUGGCCAUUAUUCUUCUGUUACUUGAUACUUGAUUAUUGUUUCAAAGGUGAUAAAAACAAUGUCGCAGAAUAUACACAGUUGUUGGAAAAAAUUAUGUUAAGAAAAGAUGAUGGAAUCAAGUUGGUCCCUGAGCUGUAUUCAGUGCCACCUGACAAGGCUGAUUUAGAACAACAGAAUCCAGGAAGCCAAGAGCGUAUACCAUUGGGCAGGUGCCCCUUCAUAUGGGCCCAGUCAUUGUACAUUUUAGGAAAGUUAUUACAAGAGGGUUUCCUAGCUGUUGGGGAACUAGAUCCUCUUAAUAGAAGGUUAUGUUCAGAGAAGAAGCCAGAUGUAGUUGUCCAGAUUGUGAUACUUGCUGAAAAUAAUGAAAUCAGAGAUAAAUUGCUAGAGUAUGACCUGCAUGUACAAACUAUCAGUGAUGUGGCUCCUAUUGAAGUCCAACCAGCAAGAGUUUUAAGCCAUCUGUACACAUAUUUGGGUCGUAACAAGAAAUUAGGUUUAUCUGGCAGAAAAUCCCGUGAUGUAGGUAUUCUAAGCACAAGCAAACUGUACUCCUUGAAUGACCGCAUAUUUGCGUUUACACCACAGUUUUCUGACAUGACACGUUUCUACAUCGCCUCUGACUUCGAUCUUAUGGUUGACACCCUCAAAGCAGAAAUUAAUUUCUUGAAGUCCUCUUGGCAAAACCUUCUUGGUCGACCACUUGUUGUCUUGACUCUGAAUAAAAUGCACCUGGAUCAGGGUAAGAUCCCAAUGGCGAUGAUAACAACUAUGAAAAAGCUUAAGUCUGGUUACAUCAACGGUACAAGAGUAACUCUUGGUAAUCUCGGAGAGUUUUUGAGCACAUCCGCUAUAACUAAUUUAAGUUUUCUUGGCAGUCAAGAGGAUGGAUAUCCCGAUAAAUUAAACCCAGAAGUUCAGAGUUAUUUAGAAGAGCACCUCUUGAAAUCGUUUAGCAACAAGAUCAACUUCCUACCACGUCCAGCAGGAGCUCGGAAUGCUCGGGCAAUGCGCCGCCGUAUGUCUGUUCGUGGAGCUAUCAAGAAGACUAGAUCUAUCAAUGUAGACUCUGAAACGUUAGGUAUGGAAGGAGAGUCAGUGGGUCGUUCUUUGGAGCGUAAACCGUCGUGGCUUGAUGUGGACCCCGCUACUUACGGGCGUAGUCCAUCACCUGAGGAUGCUAAACGCCGAGCUUUUACUAAAGGAACAUCGACAACUACAUUGGCUGUUGGCACUCCUACCAUAGAAGUGACAAAAGAAAAGUCUCCAUCCCCACCUGAAGCGAUUGUAAACAAGAAUCUUACGAACAUAGUUCGCAACCGCACCACUUCAGAGUCCCAGAACUCGGUGUACGCUGAACAAGAGACGGACGAGCUCAUCGCCAUGCUGCGAGAGACUGAGAGCCUUGACGAACAGGGAGACAUACUGCAGUACCUCGUCGAUACGCAUGGACUGGACUUUAGUACAGGCAUGCAGGAAAACGGCAAAAUGGUGACGGUUAAAGACCUUCUAAAGGUUCUUUACGAGAAAGCUUGUACCCAAAAGCUCUGGGGGCUCGUCCGCCACACGGCAGGAAUGCUUGGCAAGCGAGUUGAGGACCUCGCAAAGGCUGUAACUGACUUACUGGUGCGACAGAAACAGAUUACUGUGGGCAUGCCUCCGAACAAUGAACAUACUAUCACAGCCCCGCUGCCAGAGAACGAAUUAAGACAGCUCAUACAUCAGGCAUAUGGUGACGAUGAGAGUACAGCCAUGUUGACUCAAGAGUUGCUGGUCUACCUUGCCAUGUUCAUCCGCACUGAACCACAACUCUUCCUGGAGAUGUUACGACUACGUGUUGGACUUAUCAUACAGGUUAUGGCCACAGAGUUGUCGCGUACGUUGUCUUGCGACGGCGAAGAAGCAUCUGAACAUUUGCUUAACUUAUCACCCUUUGAAAUGAAGAAUUUAUUACACCACAUACUCAGCGGAAAGGAGUUUGCAAUUAAUAGCGUUGGUCGCGGUAACUUCUCUAUAGUGAGCAACAAAUCUCAUAGAUAUGGAAAGAAGUCUCAAAUUGUUCUAGAAGGACAAUCUUUACAGGGUGGGAUUGAAGAAGCACCAAUAACUGAGCCAGAUCGUCAGGGCCAAUGGUUGCGUCGACGACGGCUUGAUGGAGCCUUGAACCGUGUGCCACGUGACUUCUACCCUCGAGUGUGGGGUGUAUUGGAAAGAUGUCAAGGCCUAAUCAUUCAAGGGAAGACCUUGCAACCGAAUUUGACCCAAGAGAUGACAUCUGGAGAGUUGAAAUUCGCUCUUGCAGUUGAAACAGUACUGAACUCGAUCCCACAGCCGGAGUACAGACAGUUAGUGGUGGAAGCUCUAAUGGUGUUGACAUUGGUCGUGGAGUAUAAGGCAGUAGCGCAUCUAGGAGGAACCAUUGAAGUCGAGAGCCUCGUUCAUAGAGCCAACCAGAUAUUCUUAGAUGAUCAGAUGCGAUGCAACGGUGACGCGACUCUGUGUUGCGCAAAGGAGGGGUCUCGUGAGGGUUCACUGGUGUGUGGGGGCGCGGCGGGGGUCUGCCAGCACUUGUACGACAGCGCGCCGUCCGGCUCGUACGGCACCAUGACGUACCUGGCGCGCGCGGUCGCAGCUCUACUGGCCGACACCAUGCCGCUCGACUCGCCCAUCGAGUGCACCAUCACUUAAUAUAACACUCCUUUACUUGCCAUAUAGAUCAUAAUUAUAAAGCUAAGCAAAAAUAAUAUUGGUGUUUCCAAGUAGUCAAAUAGGCACUUGCAAUAAUUUGUUUUUUUUUUUGAAAUUUCUAAAACGACUAUUAUUUAAGAGAUUGAGUUUUUAGAAAAAUAUAUAAAAUCUAGUAAAUCACAUUAAAGUGUGAAACCACGGAAUAGAUAAUACAGU